UAAAUGCCAAGCUGAGACACGCCACAGCACAGAACAUUCACUCGACGGGGAGACAUCAGAGAAAACUCCACCCAACGCCGACAUGCAUCCACAGCACUCAGCCAUCUUUGCACUGACCUUGGUAACCAUCAUGUGCUCAACACCAGCAAAGUCUACAGAAUCCACACAGGACCUGUUCCCUUCUGCAGAGCCCACACAGGACCAAUUCCGUUCUGCAGGGAGCGUGCAGACUCCUCGGGUCCUGAUGUUGCUGGGUCCUUGUUCUGGAACAGAUAAGGAUUUCUGUCUGAAUGGUCAGUGUGGCUUCCAUCCUGACCUGAAAAAGCCAACUUGCACGUGUCCGCCGAAUUACAGAGGGGAGCGGUGUGAACACAUGCUGCUGGACUCGCACAGUGAUGGCAACCGUGAAAAAUAUAUCGCCAUCGGUGGAGGUGUGGCCCUGCUGCUCUGCUCUAUUGCUGCUGCCGUCUACUGCUGUCUGAAGAAGAGGUGUGAGAGAGAAAAGCCUUAUCAGAUCUACAACCCAGCUCUUGCAAUCUGAGCCCACCAUGUUGGAGAAGCAUUCCUGCUGAGAAGACACGUUUCGGCCUGUCAUCAGUCUCUAUCGCAUUUGAACAAACCUCCCCUUUCCCCUGCUCCUGUUCCUCAUUACACAUGGACCAAGAGAAGCAACACUACUCCAUAUCACAUAUCACAGUGCACAUAUUACAAACCACACACACAACACACUGCACACCCCACAUACAAACCACAUACACUACACCCCACAUGCUACACACCACAGUAAAGGCACUGAAUAAUAUUACGUUUGCAAUAUCUUGUUGAAGACAGCAUUGUGUAUAAGGCUAUUUAUUAAAAAAUAAAUUAUUUGUGUAUUUAUUUAAUACUUUUUUAAUAAAUAUUUUAAAUAUGCACUAAA